AUUUGUUCAUAUACACCAAACCCACUCCUCAAGCACAAGAAUCCUGGAGAGAAAAGAAAAAUACUUUUCUGUUUCUGCAGUCUUCUUUUUGACAGAGAAUGCACAGAAGAGAGGAUGAUGACAGCAGCAGCUCCCUGCGGCCUCGGGGCAUUUGCCGUCGGCUGCUUCGAUUUGUUGUGGCUAAACUAUGGAUAUUAGGAGAGAAAGAGAUGAAUGAAGAUAAGCCUGAGAGGAACAAACUGAUCAAGAAGGGAUCAAUGUCUGACAUCACUAUUCAUUUCAAGCAAUUAGAAGACUCUGAGGAUAACGACAAAUGCAAGAACAAUUCCCCUGGCUCGUCAAGCCAAGAAUCAGAGAGAGAGACAAUGAUCACACUAGCUAAUGGUAGUAACGGCCCAAAGAAGAGGUUGCAGGAGAAGGUGGAAAAGAGCAUGCUGGGUGAGCCGAGCCCUAAGCAACAAGUCACUCAGCCUGAAGCAGGGAAACCACCACCGCCUCAUAGACGUCUGGGCCCCCUACUAAAUGAUAUAAAUAAGAAAUCAGAUGCUUUUAUCGAGAGUACACUCGAGAAGAUGAGGAAAAGCUUAGCCUAGAACUAAACACAUGAGCCUCCUUCUCUGGCUUUCUCUGUCGAGCUAAACUCAAUUCUUUUAUUUUCUUUAAAUUUACCAGCUGCAUUCUUGAUAAGAAAACAUAUAUGUACUC